AUGUACAGCGCGACUCCUGUUCCCACCCGCCGGCGACGGCUGGUGCAGGGCACGGGCCGCGGGGCGAGGGAGACGGUGCUGGGCACCCUGGGGAAGGCAACGAUAUUGCGGAUCCCCCCCGAACUCCAGAACCUCACCCGAUGCUUCGGGGCGGCCAUGUGGAAGCGGGACACGGAGGACCCGCGGAGGAAGCUCGUCCUUCUCAACUACGUUGACUCCUUUGCCGGGGCCCUGGCCACCGGCAGCUGCACCGUCACCCUCAACUGCCCGGCGGAGCGAGGGGACAACGUCUCCUACAGCUGGGGCAGCCGGGACGCCAGCACCUUGGGGUUCUGCUCCCACAAUGGCAGCCUCCUGCACCUCUCCUACCCCCUGCAGAACGCAAGCAUCGCCUGCGCCUGCACGGCCAGCAACCCUGUCAGCAGCCGGGUCGUCCCCUUCAAUUCCUCUGAGUGCAGCUACGAGCAAGGGGGCAGCGCCGGGCUGAGGAUGGAGCAUCUCGUGCUGGUGGUGGUGGUGCCCAUCGCCGCAGUGAUGAUGCUCACCGGGCUCUUCAUGGCCACCCAUUUGGCCAUGCCCAUCG